CCAGACACCCCAACGAUUGACUUCACAAUACCGCCAGCAUGGCCGACAGAGCCCAAGACCCCCUAAUGGGCGGGGAUGACCACGACUACGACGACUCCAUCCCCGCCGAGUCCGUCAGCGAGCACGAAGACCCGAGCUCGACUCCCACCCUCUUCGUCUGGCUCCUCACGCUCUCCGCCGGCAUCAGCGGCCUGCUAUUUGGUUACGACACAGGCGUAAUCUCAGCUACCCUCGUCUCCAUAGGCACCUCCCUCUCCUCCCGCGCCCUCACCACACUCGAUAAAUCCCUAAUCGCGGCAUCCACAUCCCUCUUCGCCCUCCUCGUCUCUCCCAUCAGCGGUCUCCUCGCCGAUUCUCUGGGACGCAAACGCGUCAUCCUCAUAGCAGAUAUCCUGUUCGUCCUGGGGGCGCUGGUACAGGCCGUCGCGACGUCGGUAUGGGUUAUGGUCGCUGGCCGAUCGAUCGUUGGUCUCGCUGUCGGCGCAGCGAGUUUCGUUACGCCGUUGUAUAUUGCUGAGUUGGCGCCGUCGAUGUUUCGAGGGAGACUAGUGACCUUAAAUGUCCUAUUCAUUACGCUGGGACAGGUGGUAGCGUAUCUGAUCGGAUGGGGGUUUGCGGAGCUGGGUGGGGAGACGGGGUGGAGGUGGAUGGUGGGGUUGGGUGCGUUGCCCGCGGCGUUGCAGUGCUUGGUUAUGAUUGCUAUGCCGGAGACGCCGAGGUGGCUGGCUCAGGCUGGACGGACGGAGGAGGCAAAGGCUGUUUUGCAGAAGGUUUUUGGUGCUGCAGAUAUGAGGAGGACUGUGCAGCCGGUGAUGAAAGCUAUUGAGCUAGAGGUGCGAGAGGAAGAGGAGGCGAAGCGGGAGAGGGCUAGAAGGUCGACGACGAAAGAUGGGGGGUGGUUCUCUGAUAGCUGGUCUGAGUUGUUUGGUGUGCCUGGGAAUGUCAGGGCCUUGACCAUUGCGUGUUUGUUGCAAGGUCUCCAGCAACUAUGCGGUUUUAACUCCCUAAUGUACUUCUCCGCUACCCUCUUCUCCCUCCUCGGCUUCGCCACACCAACCCUAACCUCCCUCUCCGUCGCCGCCACCAACGCCAUCUUCACCAUCCUCUCCCUCCUCCUCAUCGACCGCCUCGGCCGCCGCCGCAUCCUCCUCCUCUCCAUCCCCGUCAUGAUCUUCGCCCUAAUCUGCUGCGCCGCAACCUUCCACUACAUCAUCCUCCCCACCAACACCAAUGCCCACAACCCAUCCGCCGACGUCCCCCUCCCAAUCACAAGCCGCACCUCCCCCCUCCUCGUCGUCGCAUCCAUCAUCCUCUACGUCGCCGGCUACGCCACCGGCCUCGGCAACGUCCCGUGGCAGCAGAGCGAGCUCUUCCCCUUAAACAUCCGCAGUCUGGGGUCGAGCCUGGCGACGGCGGUGAAUUGGGGGAGUAAUACGGUGGUUGGGUUGACGUUUUUGCAGAUGCUGGAUGGGUUGGGGCCGAGUUGGACCUUUUUGAUUUAUGCGUUUGUGUGCUUGGUGGGGUGGUUUGCGAUUUGGUUGGUUUAUCCUGAGACGAGGGGGUUGACGCUGGAGGAGACGGGGGAGUUGUUGAAGGAAGGGUGGGGGGUGCAGAGGGGGGGUGGGAGGUUGGGGAGGGGGGUGGGGGCGGAGAAUGGGGAGGGGUAG